AGAACACUUACGGUUCAGCUCAGGAAAGGCAGGCGCUGAUUGGCUGCCGGAGCUCGCUCCCGCUGAUUGGCGGGCAGAUCCAAGAUGGCGGCGAACAUGGUGCGGCGGAGCGGAUGGGGCUCGGCGAAAAGGCUUGGGCUGGUGGCUUGCCGGAAAUACAGCGGCGGAGGCAUUGGCAGCUCCUACCCCAACAUCCCCUUGACGGCUCCUCUCCCUGGAUCGCCAAAGCCGGUCUUUGCCACGCUUGACAGCCAGGAAGGGUUUGAGACCAAAGUCACCACGUUGGAAAACGGGCUUCGGGUCGCGUCGCAAAACAAGUUUGGACAGUUCUGCACCGUCGGGAUCCUCAUCAAUUCGGGGUCGCGAUACGAAGCCAAGUACCUUGGUGGGAUUUCCCACUUUCUGGAAAAGCUGGCUUUUUCCUCUACGGCUCAAUUUGGCAGCAAGGAUGAGAUCCUCCUGACUUUGGAGAAACACGGCGGCAUCUGUGACUGUCAGGCUUCCAGGGACACCACCAUGUACGCGGUUUCGGCCGAAGCGCGAGGCCUGGACACGGUGGUCAGCCUGCUAGCCGACGUGGUGCUGCAGCCCAGGCUCUCAGAUGAGGAGAUCGAAAUGAGCCGCAUGGCGGUCCGCUUUGAGCUGGAGGACCUGAACAUGAGGCCCGACCCAGAGCCGCUGCUCACGGAGAUGAUCCAUGCGGCGGCUUACCGGGAAAACACGGUGGGCCUGAACCGGUUCUGCCUGCCGGAGAACAUUGAGCGCAUGGACCGGGAGGUCCUCCAUUCCUACCUGAGGAACUACUACACGCCCGACAGGAUGGUGCUGGCCGGGGUGGGCAUCGAGCACGAGCAGCUAGUGGAGUGCGCCCGGAAGCACCUGCUGGGCGUGGAGCCCGUUUGGGGAGGAGGAAAGGCACCCGACGUGGACCGCUCCGUGGCGCAAUACACAGGAGGCAUCCUCAAGCUCGAGAAGGACAUGUCGGACGUGAGUCUGGGUCCCACCCCGAUCCCGGAGUUGACCCACGUCAUGAUUGGGCUGGAAAGCUGUUCCUUCCUGGAGGAAGACUUCAUCCCCUUUGCGGUCCUGAACAUGAUGAUGGGCGGAGGGGGCUCCUUCUCGGCCGGGGGUCCCGGCAAAGGCAUGUUCACCCGGCUGUACCUCAAUGUGCUGAACCGGCAUCACUGGAUGUAUAACGCCACGUCGUACCAUCACAGCUACGAGGACACAGGCCUGCUUUGCAUCCAUUCGAGUGCAGAUCCCAGGCAGGUUAGAGAAAUGGUGGAAAUCAUCACCCGAGAAUUCAUUCUCAUGGCGGGAACCGUGGGAGAGGUCGAACUAGACCGAGCCAAGACCCAGCUGCAGUCCAUGCUGAUGAUGAACCUGGAGUCGCGGCCGGUGAUCUUCGAGGACGUCGGGAGGCAGGUCCUGGCCACCGGAGCAAGGAAACUGCCCCACGAGCUCUGCCUUCUCAUCGGCAAAGUGAAGGCAGAGGACGUGCGGCGGGUGGCCACGAAGAUGCUGCGUCAGAAGCCGGCUGUGGCCGCGCUGGGCGACCUCUCGGAGCUGCCGGCCUACGAACACAUCCAGGCCGCCCUGGCCAGCAAAGACGGGCGCCUGCCCAGGACCUACCGCCUUUUCCGUUAAAAAGACGGGACACGUUGCAUGGCUCUCCCGCUGAGGAGUUGGUUUCUUACUCUUUCCUUACUUCUUACUUGGAGCACUUGGAAAAGGAGACUCCAUGGACACGUGACGUGGCGCUCACCAAUCGGGAAAGUGUCAUAAAGGACAAGCCUCCGUUAUUAUCUGGACGAUCCUUUGGAUUUGUCUUAAAUGGCACGAACUUCAGUGAAAGAGGAUACAAAUAAAAUAAUUGAGGAGUCA